AAAAUACUUCAUAAAAUUAUUAUUUAAUUAAAUAUAAUUAUAAAGAAAAAUGAGUAUGAAUGCUAAGCCAUUUAAAAAUGGAAAAGGUGUAAAUAAACCUUUUCGUUCUCCAUUUAGUACACCCCAAAGUAGUGAUAAUAUAAAUAUCUCAAAAUUAACCACAUAUGAAACACCAUUAAAAGUAUCCAUAGCAAAAAGACUAAUUUAUCAAAAAACACCUUCUCCUAAAAAAUUAUGUAUAAAUAAAGAAAAUAAUAAUAAACAAACAGAUAUUAAAAUAAAAAAUAAAUUGUAUCAAAUAGACUUGGAAUUAUUAAAGAAAAAAAUACAAGAAAAAGAAGAAUCUAUUAAAAUUUUAAAAACUACAUUAUUAUAUAAGAAAAAGAACAAAGCUGAAAAUUUAGAAAGUGUUAUAAAAAAAUGGACAACAUGUUGUCAGAAUGCUCUUAUUGAUUAUCAGAAAUGUUUACAAGAAAAAAAUGAUCAACCAGUAAAAUUAUCUGAAAUUUUAUCUUUAUUUAAUAUUAAUCCUGAUAUAGUUUGUUUCUCUAUUGAUGAUGAUACAUUUUAUUAAUUGAAUAAAUAUCAAAGAAAACAUAAUAUAUAAUA